AUGGCGAGUGCGGCGGCUAAACAGAUCGCUGCGGAACAGGUGGUGGCGGGGUUCAAUCGCCUGCGGCAGGAGCAGAGGGGUCUGGCCUCCAAGGCGGCCGAGCUGGAGAUGGAGCUGAGCGAGCACACUUUGGUCAUUGACACCCUGCGGGAGGUGGAGCAGGGCAGGAAGUGUUACCGCAUGGUCGGGGGCGUCCUGGUGGAGCGAACGGUGAAGGAGGUGCUGCCGGCAUUGGAGAACAACAAGGAUCAGAUCAACAAAAUCAUCGAGACGCUGACCACGCAGCUGCAGACGAAGGGGCGGGAGCUGAACGAGUUCCGGGAGAAGCACAACAUCCGCCUGAUGGGGGAGGACGACCAGAAGCAGCCGCCCAAAGACGGAGACGGCUCCGGCGCCAAGAGCAGCUCGGCCGGCGUCCUGGUCUCCUGA